GCAUAUGUAUAUAUAUAUAUAUAUCCCGCCUCCUUGAAGUUGAAGCCGCUCGCCUCGCACGCAGUCGCCCCAUCUUCUUCAAUCUUCAGUUCAGCUUCCUCUCCGCCGGUCCUUAUAGUCGGCCGCCCACCUCUCCGCUCGCCCUUCAAGCCGGCCGCUUCCUCUCCCCCGCCGGCCCUUACCUUUCCGCUCGCCCUUCAAGCCGGCCGCACCCUCUCCGCCGGUGUCCAGUUGCUCGCACCUCAAGCCAGCCGCCCCCCUCUCUAACUCUGUCCAGUCGCUUGCCCUUGAUACCGCUCGUCUUUCAUAAUGUUGUCCGCCCUCCCUUCCUUCCUGUCGUCCGCCUUCCCGCCAACACUUCGAAUUUGGUGUUGAAUUUGUUUUCUGCUUACACUUUUUCAGGUAAACUAUAUUUAUUGUCAACUUAAAAUAUAUACCAAACAAUCUAGAGAUAGAAGUCAGAGAAUGGACGCAUUAACUUUGAGGAAAAAGGUACAGAGGAAAGCUAAAAUCAGAGGGCUUUACAGCAUCAAACUGGAAGCUCUUGACGAGAUCGUUUCCUUUGUCUCUCGUUUCCAUGGCUUCGAAGAUGACGCUAUAGAACUUGUUCUUGACGAUCUCCAUGAAGAAUCUUUGAAAUCUCCAAUAUUAGAAAAGGAUGGGGUGCAUCGGGUUAUCAGCAAACUGCUUGCAGCUGAAGAAGCGGAAGAAGCAAGUCCCAAUACCAUUACCAGUACAACUGCUCUUUGCAUCAUCGACGCUUUUGAUAUCUCCAAGUUUCGUUAUGAUCCCAUAAAAAAGAUCUUUCAUCGGCACACAGGGGACCUUCCUAUUCAUGGAGAUGCUCCUGCUAAAGCUGCUUUAUAUAGAGAUAGGUUUCUUUUGCUGUCCCAAAGGCUCUCCCGAGAUCAGCAUUUCUCCAAACCUGCUUUUGACAUUGGCAUGUCUCAUUUUGGAAGUUGUGAGAUUUCUCCUAUUCAAUCUUUGGUGGGGCAAACAGGGAGGAAAUGGGUCAUGGGAGUGAUCUCUCAAAUGGAAGAUGGCCAUUUUUACUUGGAAGACCUUACUGCAUCUGUGGAAAUUAAUUUAUCUAAUGCUAAGAUAACUACAGGUCUAUUUACAGAGAACACCAUUAUCGUAGCUGAAGGAGAGAUGCUCGUGGAGGGAAUUUUCCAGGUUGUUACGUGUGGAUUUCCUCCAUUAGAGGAAAGGGACAAGUCUCUUAAAUUGCUAGCAGGCCAGGACUUCUUUGGAGGUGGUGUGCUACCUAAAGAGGAGACUCUCAGGCUUGCAGAUCUGGAAAAGAAAGCUGUUAACGAUAUGUUUGUCAUACUCUCUGACAUUUGGUUGGAUAGUGAAGAGGCCAUGGGAAAACUGGAGACCAUACUUGAUGGUUUCGAGAAUGUGGAAGUGGUUCCUUCCUUAUUUGUUUUGAUGGGGAAUUUUUGUUCCCAUCCUUGUAAUAUUGCCUUUAAUUCUUUCUCAAGUCUCAGACUACAGUUUGGUAAGUUAGGAAAAAUGAUAGCAGCUCAUCCACGAUUAAACAAGCAUAGCAAGUUUCUUUUUAUUCCCGGUCCAGAUGAUGCAGGGCCAUCAACAGUUCUACCUAGGUGUGCUUUGCCGAAGUAUUUAACCGAAGAGCUUCAAGUGCAUGUUCCAAAUGCCACUUUCUCAAGUAACCCUUGCAGGGUCAGAUUCUACACUCAGGAAAUUGUAUUUUUCCGACAGGACCUGCUUUAUAGAAUGCGCCGUUCCUGUCUCAUACCACCUUCUACAGAAGAAACAACUUGUUGCCACCAUAACUCAUCAAAGUCAUCUCUGUCCUCUUCCUCUAGUUAUUCAACCAAUUAUCUGGAAUUACGACCACUGUCUUCAUCUAUAUCCUACUCCUCAUGUGAUAGUUUUGGGGGAUAGAAGUAAGCAACAAGCGUUCAAAUACACAGGAAUCACUUGCUUUAAUCCUGGUUCCUUCACAAAUGAUAGCACUUUCGUGGCGUAUCGUCCUUGCAAUCAAGAAGUUGAACUGUCUGCCUUGUAAAUUAUUACAAAGUUUAGGCCAGAUUCAAGGCGGGCACACUCCUUUAUGUAGCAUUACAAUUCGUUUAGAACGUGAAUGAGAAAUCCUAUAGCAUCAUUCUUUAUCUUGGGAGUUGCACUGGUGGGUGCACACCAAGAAUUACCACUGGCUAGAAUUUAACUCUAUGCAGAAGGGUUUUGUGAUUUCAACAUUGGUGCAGCGUUAGGAAUCUCGUUAGAUGUACAAUUGUAAAUCUGAGUAACAUAUUUGUUUUUAGAUUAUGCAUUCUAAUGGUGGAUGGUGUAUUGAUCAACAACUAACCUAAAAAUUCUUCACCCACCUGAUGGAUUUUUUUUUUUAAAGAAAAAGAUAAUUAGUUCA